UCUAUGGGGCUCCAAGUCUUUGCUGCCAGCCUUGUUGGUGGUGAUAUUUUUGAACAAGCAAAUAAAAGCUCUCACUACCUAACCUUCAAAACCCCCUCCCACCUCCUUUGUAGAUUAGAAAACUAAAGAUCAAAAGAUAGGCAACUAGGAAACAAAAAAGAUAAGUGAAAGAUGUCAACUGCUUCUUCAUUGUGUUCAUCAACUCAGAUUAAUGGCUUUGGAGGGGGACUUGGGGUUCUAAGAACCCAUGUUUCUCAACCCAAGACACUUUCUUUUACAAGAAGGAGAAUUUCUACGGUAGUGAAGGCAACAUCUCGAGUUGAUAAAUUCUCAAAAAGCGAUAUCAUUGUUUCUCCAUCUAUUCUCUCUGCUAAUUUCGCAAAGUUGGGGGAGCAGGUGAAAGCAGUAGAAGUUGCUGGCUGUGAUUGGAUCCAUGUUGAUGUAAUGGAUGGCCGAUUUGUUCCAAACAUUACAAUUGGGCCUCUUGUGGUUGAUGCUUUACGACCUGUGACGGAUCUUCCGCUGGAUGUGCAUUUGAUGAUUGUGGAACCUGAGCAACGAGUUCCAGAUUUCAUCAAGGCUGGAGCAGAUAUAGUCAGUGUUCACUGUGAACAAUCUUCAACCAUCCAUUUGCAUCGGACACUUAAUCAAAUAAAAGGUCUGGGUGCUAAAGCUGGAGUAGUCCUAAAUCCGGCAACCCCACUUACUACGAUAGAAUAUGUACUAGAUGUGGUUGAUCUAGUCUUGAUUAUGUCGGUCAACCCCGGCUUUGGUGGGCAGAGCUUUAUUGAGAGUCAAGUGAAGAAAAUCUCGGAGUUGAGAAGAAUGUGUGCGGAGAAGGGAGUAAACCCAUGGAUUGAAGUGGAUGGUGGAGUUGGUCCUAAAAAUGCAUAUAAGGUAAUUGAGGCUGGAGCUAACGCAUUAGUUGCUGGUUCAGCUGUGUUUGGAGCCAAAGACUACGCGGAAGCCAUUAGAGGAAUCAAAACCAGCAAAAGGCCAGAAGCAGUAGCUGUUUGAUUUAUGACUGCCAAAACAUCUGCUUGGCUCUAAUGUGGGAUAUCGGUGUUUACAUUUCCAUAUAAUACGCAUGUCAUGGUCGUAUAAGAAGCAAAUUAUGGAUACCAUCUGCUGCUGAAUCGUGGAUGCAGGGAGUGAUAAGAUUGUUAGUUUGGAAAUAUUUGGUGUAACUUGUCUUUUUUGUUGUAUUUGAUAAUUCAUAUAUACAUCUUGACAUGCUCGAGUUAAAUAAAGCAAAGCAUUCAUGUUUGUUUUUGGUCAUCAAAA